GGUCAUAAUGAUGUUUAUGAUGAUUGAAGAAUGCAAGGUUGAUUGCCCGGGCUGCCAGCUGACAAGGUGAAAGCUUCAGUACUAGAGCGGGCAGCUGGACUACCACAUGAAACACACCAGAAGCUCCGUUCUCUUCAUUUGCUUGUGACGAACUGGCAAAUGUCGUCAAACACUCUUUUCAGAAGUCACGCCUCCUUUGGGAUGGCGUCCAUCCGGUCUUCCCCGAUCCUUGCCACGACACCUCAGAGGUUAAGCAUGACCCGUGAAAGCAGUCGCGGCGAAUGGGCCAUGAACGAAAUGACUAGUGGAGAUACCUGCAGAGGAAUGCUUGAUAUUCGAAGGUUUGAUUGCCAUCCCAAACAGCUGAUCGUCGUAACGCUUGUUCAACAUGCAUUGGCGCUUGCAACUAUUGAUCGUAGGCGAAGUCAUCUUGUCGAAUGUCUCUAUGAUUAUGGGAUCAUGUUUGCAGUGGACGGCAGUGAAAUGGCCCAUGCAAUCUUUCUGUCACGGCCGUCUUCGGCGAUCCGAUGACGAUCGUUCUGGUUGCGAGUUGAUGGCAUUUUUUCAGUA